GGCUGGGCCUGCCCGUUCCGGGCCGGUUCGCCCUGUGCGUUUCCCGCGCUUCUCCGAGUGCGGCCCGAGCAUUCCUAGUCCGAGAAUGUAAAUGUAAUAGAAAACUGUUCCUGCUUCCAGUUAUCCAGUUAGGAAGACAAAUAUAUUCUUAAGAUAAUCAGAAAAUUAUGGAAAUAAAGGUGGGAAUGUAGUUUUAUGUCAGUGUCUAUUAACUAUAAUUUUUAGCCCAUAAAGGUUAAGUCCACUUGGAAAUGGUGAACAGGACAGCAGAUGUGACAUUGAGCAGUGGUGGCCAGGUUUUGGCUGUCCAUAUCCAUAGUUGUUGGAUAAGUGAACUGAAAGGAAGAAUUAAGAAUUGGGAGAUGAGUAUUGAAACAGGUGACAGUGGAAGGGAGAAUGAAGAGCCCCCGAGAACCGUGAUUUUAUCUCUGAGCUGUUGGAGAAAUCCCAGGAUUGCAGAUGAUAAACUGCAGUGAAACCACGAAGAAGCUGAUUAGAGGAAUUCUUAAUGUAUGACCUCCGGCAGCAACAUCAAGGAACACUGGAUACAUGGUGGAAUACAUAGCACUUGGAAUGAAAGUGUAUGUGACUUCUGGCUCUAUUCAUAAUUGGCUGUGUGAUUUUUUGAAGUGCUAACAUGCAGACCUCCAGCUCUCGGUCCGUGCACCUGAGCGAGUGGCAGAAGAACUACUUUGCAGUCACAUCUGGCAUGUGUACGCCGGGACAGAAGGCAGAUGCGUACCGUGCACAGAUACUGCGUGUUCAGUAUGCCUGGGCGAACGGCGAGAUCUCCCAGGUCUGUGCUACCAAACUCUUCAGAAGGUAUGCGGAGAAAUACUCUGCAAUUGUUGAUUCUGACAGUGUGGAAACUGGCUUGAAUAACUAUGCAGAAAACAUUUUAGCUUUGACCAGAUCUCAACAAACCAACAGUAACAAGUGGCAGUCUGGGUUGUCAAUAAAUGAUGUUUUCAAAAUGAGUAAUGUACAGAAUAUGAUGCAGGCUGGCAAAAAAUUCAAAGACACUCUGCUAGAACCUGCCAGUGCAUCAGUAGUGAUCCGGCAGGAGGCUCCUGUCUAUGAUCUUCCUGGCUCUGGUGUUUGUGGAGGUGCUGGAGGUGGUGACCUGCUACCUGGCUCAGUUCCUGACACAGAUAGGGCCCAAGACAUCCCAGGCAGCAACCCUUGGAAGUACCCUCAGAGUGUCCAGCCACCCAUCGUGCCUAACAGCGCUGAGACCUGUCCCAUGUCCUCCAGGCCUUCAGGUGAGUCAGCCACAGCCAGAUUCCACAGCACACCAUUAUUUGGAAAUGUCACAAAGGAAGCUCACAGUUCUCCUAAAGCCAACGCAGGACUACAGAUGUUCUUAUCUAACCAGUCUCCUUUUCCUUCUGGCUAUGAAAACCCACGGACAAGGAAGGCUUUUUAUAGUUCUGUCACCAUCGAUGCUCUUUCCAAUCCAGUACUGAAUGAGGCUUGUAGUAAAACAGAAGAUAAUGGCCCAAGGGAGGAGAGCACUCUGCCUACUUUUAAAACUGCAAAAGAACAGUUAUGGGUAGACCAGCAAAAAAAGGGCCACCAACCCCCACGUGCACCAGCGUCCUCACAUGGGGGUGUGAAAAAGUCUCUGGGAGCUGGCAGAUCUCGAGGGAUAUUUGGGAAGUUUGUUCCUCCUGUACCUAAACAUGAAGGGGCAGAGCAGAGUGGAGGGAUGCAGUACAAGCCUUACGGGGCUGCACCAGUAGAACCAGCCCAUCCUGUUGAUGAGCGGCUAAAGAACUUGGAGCCCAAGAUGAUUGAACUUAUUAUGAAUGAGAUUAUGGACCAUGGGCCUCCAGUACACUGGGGAGAUAUUGCAGGUGUAGAAUUUGCAAAAACCACAAUAAAGGAAAUUGUUGUGUGGCCCAUGAUGAGGCCAGACAUCUUCACUGGGUUACGGGGACCCCCUAAAGGAGUUCUGCUCUUUGGUCCCCCUGGGACUGGUAAAACUCUCAUUGGCAAGUGCAUCGCCAGUCAGUCUGGGGCGACGUUCUUCAGCAUCUCAGCUUCAUCCUUGACCUCUAAGUGGGUAGGAGAGGGGGAGAAGAUGGUCCGCGCUUUGUUUGCUGUUGCAAGGUGCCAACAGCCGGCUGUGAUAUUUAUUGAUGAAAUUGACUCCCUGUUGUCUCAGCGAGGAGAUGGUGAACACGAAUCCUCUAGGAGGAUAAAAACGGAGUUUUUAGUUCAGUUAGAUGGCGCAACCACGUCUUCUGAAGACCGAAUUCUAGUGGUGGGAGCGACAAAUCGGCCCCAAGAGAUUGAUGAGGCUGCCCGGAGAAGGUUGGUGAAGAGGCUAUACAUUCCCCUCCCAGAAGCUUCAGCCAGGAAGCAGAUAGUGACGAAUCUGAUGUCCAGGGAGCAGUGUGACCUCAGAGAGGAGGAAAUCCAUCAGAUUGUGCAGCGGUCUGAUGGCUUCUCCGGGGCAGACAUGACCCAGCUGUGCAGGGAGGCAUCUCUUGGCCCCAUUCGCAGUUUACAGACUGCUGACAUCGCCACCAUAACUCCAGAUCAGGUUCGGCCCAUAGCUUAUGUUGACUUUGAAAAUGCUUUUAGAACUGUGCGGCCCAGUGUAUCUUCAAAAGACUUAGAGCUGUAUGAAGAAUGGAACAAGACAUUUGGUUGUGGAAACUGAAUGGGACACUGCAGAUUAAAAGUUGACAUCUCUAGCGCUGGCUGGUUUAUUUUUAGUAGGAAACCAGGGAUGUGGGAAUCACACUGCUUUGGAUCAUCCUAUAAAUUUUGUACAUCAAAUAAGACUAACAAUAGUUGAGAGUUUAUGUGGGAAUUGUAUUGCUUUGGAACAUACUGUAAAUUCUAUACAUCAAGUAAGAAUAAUAGUUCAGAGUUUACAGCUGGGUGGCUUUGCCUAUGUUGAAUGUUUUAUUUGCCUUCCAGUUAUUAGCUGAUAUGUAUAAGUUACUUAAACAGAAUGAGGAUGAACUUUUUGUUUUGUUUCUAAGAAGUUUUUCUUUUGAAGAUGAAUAGUGAGCUCACAUUGAAACUUUAAUCUGGAGAUUAUGUUUAUUUAUGCGGGUGUAUCUGAUUUCUAGUCAUCCUUAUUGAAAGUUCUUCUGAAGGUCACAUGGCUCUUGGUGUUGGCUGGUGUGGUUUCCAUUCCAAACUACAUUGCUCACUCUUAAUUAGACAUUUAAGAGUUCGCCAAAAGCUAGAAUGAAAGUGCCAAUUUUCAGUUUCUUCUGCGGGUUUGUAACCUACCAAGACUAAUAAAAAUAUGUUCAGAAUUACAGAAUUAGCAAGGUGUAAUCUCAUAUCAGAGACACAUCCACAGAACCAAAAGGUAUAGAAUGUUGUAUUUUUUCAGAGGAUCUGUGAAGUUUACCAGUAACGAUUUAUUUGAUGCCACUUCACCACCUGUCAUAUUGCUCUCUUUGAAAAUGAAUGGCUUCAGGUUUUUAUAAUGGGCCAUUUGGUUUUAUAAAUGAUACAUGUUCAUUGUAGAAACUUGAGAAAAUAGAAAUAAAAAGAUAAAAAUCACUUAUAUUACCACUUUGUGGGACACAUUAUUUCAGCAUAGAUUCCAUUAGAAGUUUUUUUUUUAAAUCAGAAGGAUUAUACUAUGCAUCCUUUUUUGUAACCUGUUCUUUUUCAUUAAAGUACGUUACCAUUUUCUACACUAAUAGACAUCUAUAUGAGUCUUCCUUUAUAUGGUUGCCUAGGAGUCCACUCUAUGGGAUGCACUGUAAUCAAUUCAGUCCUCUGUUAGAGGGCAUUUAGGGCAGGACAUUAGGCUGGCUUUUGUUUAUUGUAAACAGAAAUAUAAAAUGCAUGGAGUGAGAAUAUGCACAUUUUUGAUUUUUUGGCAAGUGUUCUAAGUUUUCCGCUGGAAAAAUAGUGCCUGUUCAGAAUUACCAUCUGCAGUGCAAAGGCCAUGGAUCAUUCCCAGCACCACACACACACACACACACACACACACACACACACACACACACACACACGCGCAACUAAAAGAAAGGUUAUUGAAUGUUUUCAUUGUGAAGAGAUGAUAGAUGACACGAUAUAGAUAUGUUUAACCCAACUUAAACAUUACAUGAUGUAUACAAAUCGGAAAACAUCACAUGGUACUCCAUUAAUCUUGAUUUCUCAAUCAAAAUUUUAAAAUGUGAAAAAAUAAGAAAAAUUAAAAAUAUUUAUUAGAGAAUAGAUCAUUUCUUAGUAUAAAAUAAAACCUAGCAGCCAAACACUAAAUGAAUGAUUUUUUUUCUGGUUCUGUGAAGAAUGUCACUGGUGUUUUGACUGGGAUUACAUUGAGUGUGUAAAUAGCUCUGGGAAGUAUGGACAUUUAACAUUUAAUAUUUAAUUCUUCCGAACCAUGAAUUGGGAAAUCCUUCUCUUUUUUGUUUGUUUGUUUGUCUCAUCGGAGUUUUGUAAUUUUCAUUGUAGAGGUCUUGUACUUCCUUGGUGAAAUUUACUCCUAAGUGUUUUGUUUUUGGUAGCCAUUUUGAAUGGGAUUUUUUUUUUAUGAUUUCUUUCUCAACAGUCUCAUUACUGGUGUAUAAAAAUGUUAAUAGUUUUGUUUUUUGUUUUUUAUUUUUUCAGUACUGGAGAUUUAACCUAAGGCCUCAUACAUGCGAGGCAAGCAUUAACCUGUUACUGAUUGUCUUAUGUUGAUUUUGUAUCCUGCAACUUUACUGAGUUUUAAAUUAGUUCCAGUGGUCAUUUAGUGGAGUGUUUAGGUUUUUGUAGAUAUAAAAUGAUGUCAUUAUACAAAUGGAAAGUUUGGCUUCUUGCCUUCCUAAUUGUAUGCUUUUGAUUUCUUUUUCUGGCCUCAUUGCUCCAGCUAAGACUUCAGUACAGUACUGUGUUGGGUAAGAGUGGUAAGAAUGGGCAUCCUUGUCUUGUUUCAGAUGUUAGAGGAAAGCACCUUUUCCCAUUUAUUAUGAUGUUGUCUGUGAGGCUUAUACACAUCCUUUAUCAUAUUGAAGUAUGUUCCUUUUGUACCUAACUUCAGUUUUUAUCAUGAAGGAUACUGAAUAAUUUUAUUGAAUAACUUUCUGUAUCUAUUGAGAUAAUACCAUGACUUUUGACUUUCAUUUUGUUGAUGUGGUAUAUUACAUUUAUUGAUUUGUGCUUGUUUAAUCAUUCUCACCUCUCUGAUAAGUCCAACUCGAUAAUGUGAAUGUUCUUUUUGACAUAGAGUUGGAAGGAAUGUGCUAAUAGUUUGAUGAGAAAUUUUGCAUCUAUAUUCUUUACAGAAAUGUGUGUAUAAUUUUUUGUUGUGUUGUCAGGUCUUUUUAAAUGUGCCUGUUACACAUCCUUUUGCUUUGUAUUUUGAGGAACUUUGCAUUUGCAUCUGUGGUCUUCAUUCUUUUGAAAUUUUAAUUCACUCAAUUCUAAAAUACUUGUCAAAUCUGCCAUCCACAUUGAUGGUAUCUUGAGUAGUGGCAUCUCUGUGCAGAGAUCGUGGGCUCUGAUCAAAGAGAUGGCUUGUUAAUUCCAGCUCUCAUUACUAGUGGUGACUGUAGUCUUCUGCAGUUGCAGUUCUGUUCAAAAAGUCUAUGUGGGUGUGUGUGUGGUGGCACACGCCUCUAAGUCCAGCAAUCUUGGAGGCAGUGGCAGGAGGAGCACAACUUUAAGCCCAGCCUGGCCAAUUUAAUGACUUAAUGAGACCCUAUCUCAAAAAAUAAAAGGUUUGGGGAUAUAGCUCCGUGUGAAGGCCCUAGGUUCAAUCCCCAUUAUCACCAAAAAACCCCCAAAACAAAACAAAAAACUUUACCUAUUCCUGUAUCUUCAAUACUGACAUUCCUUGUUCAACAACUGAAUUACAUUCCUGUGAUAGGUCGCUAAAUGAGUUGGUUGCUAAAUGAGGAAUUACAUAUAGUACCGUAUUUACAAUAUUCAGAACAAAAAUGAUCAAGGGGAACUCUAACUUAAUGCCUUAGUUGCGUAACUCUUACGUGCACUGCAGCACAAGCAGAAAUUACAGCACUGUACUGUAGAAGAAGCCACCAUAAGGCCUCACUGUUGCUCACAUUCCUGCGUCCUAAGCCUGAGCGGAGGAUCCUGAGUUCAAACAGUGCUCUUGGGUGGUAAGUCCAGUCAUUAACCAGGUAGGUCAUUAAACGAGGAAUAUCUGUAGAUUUAUUUUUUUUAUCUUCCCACAGAUGGUAUUUGUUUUGAUAUCCAGAUCUUUGAUCCAUUUUGAUUUUAUUUUAGUACAGGGUGAGAGUUGUGGGUUUAAGAUUCAAUCUUCUGCAUGCGUGUAACCAAUUUUCCCUGCCCCAAUUGUUGAAGAGCUGAUCUUUCCUGCAGUGAAUGAUUUUUGCCUCUUUGUCAGGGUCAGAUGACUGAAUACUAGUCACCAUGUUUUACUCUUGUCCUUGUGACUUUUACCUUUUUCCAACACACAACAAGUUUGUAAUGGAAAGACCAUGAAAGUGGGCAUUAGAAAACCGCCAGUGAUCAUGACCAUGGACAGCCUGUACAUACCUGUUAAGAUCUCAGUUUCUACAUACUGCUUAAGACUUCAGUUUCUUUAGCAAUAAAAGUGAGGGAGUUGUACUAGAUAUCCUCAGUGACAGCCAGGUUUGCUAUUUUGUGAGCAAUUAUUGAAGUUAAAUCAGUUUGACAAAUGCUUACAGAGUACCAGGUGCUGGGCAUAAGAGGGCUAACUUCAGUGCUACUGAUUUGGCUCAUUAGGGAAACUGAGAAACAGGAAGAGAGCUUUGGAAAGGAGUCCCUGUGAAGUGUCACCGAACAUAUACAUUGUUUAGGCAAAGGGGAAAGAGAAGUCCACCUAAGGUGCGCUGGAGUUAAGCUGGCUGGCAACGGCUGGGUGCAAGCUCAGAGAGCACAGAGCCUGGUGCUGAGGGGACUCACCUAGGCCAGAGGUCUGGGUGUCUGAGCUGUUUGUUCAUUUUGCUCAGAAAUGGAGCAGGUCCCAGGUUCCUAUGGCUAGGGCCACCCCACCCCCUGCCCUCCCUGCCCAGCACAGCAUGUGUAAGUCAGGGAGUCCAGAGCAGAGCCUCACUCCCCACUUCCGUCAGCCUAGUUCUCAUCCCCAAGUGUGGCUUGGGGCUGCAGUCCCAGAGAAGGACCCCUCCUCUUGGGGGCCCCAUACUUUGGGGCCAGAGUUGCUCCCUUGUAUCCAAGGUAUGCAGAUAAGCAAUUUAGCCUUCCCUUAAAAACCACCAGCCCCCCCCCUUUUUAAAGAAAGUAAGGUAUUGUGAGUUCAUAGGGCCCAGGUGACAUCUCAGGGGACAGUUCAGGCCAGGCCACCAGCUAGCAUCUGCAGGGGUUGUGGACACCAGUCCUGCACCAACGGAACCAGAGUCCCUGACUUGGGGAGCAGAUGAUAGUGGCCUGGCUUUCUGAGACAUGAAUUGGGUGACAGGUGACUUCCAGUUGCCACAUUACUCAGAAGCAUGAGUAUUUGACAAAGCAGUGAGUGCUUUCAGUAUACUCACUGCUGCCCUAUUUUGUAUCUUUCCCUCCUACCUCAUUUUGACAGGCUGACCUCCCUUCCCGUAGUGUCUGAAGAGAGGUCCCCUCUUUGCCUCUCCACUGACUCUCAGACACACUCAGGGCUCCAGAGGAGACCGCGCCAACUCUGGUCAGCACACCCUUUCCCACCACGACCCUCCUGGAUGGAAAGAGAGACAACUGCCAAAGAAGCACUGCCUCACCACGUUGAUCCAUUUUAAAGUAUAAGUUAGGUUGUAUCCCUUCCCUGUGAAACAAUCCUCCAGUAGAUUCCCACUGCAAGGAAAAGGCCCAAAUUCCUUCCUGGAGCCAAACUCCGUUUCUCUUUCUGUGCUUCCUCUCACUGGUCUUGUCUUUCCCACAGUGCAGCAAGCAUGUCUCCCAUGUAGGAAGUAUGGCAGGCAGAAUCCUCAACAUCUUCCUCCAGGAUUCCCUCCCUGUGCUUACUCAAUCAAGCACUCAUCUGUGUUCAGCUGGGAAGGGACUUUACAGAUGUGAUGUCGACCUGAAGACAGAGAGGUUAUCCUAGGCUACUGGGCUCAGUCUAAUUGCAUGAGUCUGUAAAAGCAGAGGAUGUUCCCUGGCUGGUGCAGAAGAGGAAGAGAGAAGAGGAAGUCAGAGAUUCCAAGUAUGAGAAAGAUGUGACCUGCCCUUGCAGGCCAGGGGUAGGAGCCCCAUGUUCAAGGACUGGAGAGAGGCUGCCAGGAGCUGACCAUGGCCCUGGAUGCAGCCAGCAAAGACAUGGGCAUCUUCCUCAGGUCAUGGAAAGGAAUCCUGCCACCAAUCUGAGCAGAAGUUCAGAGAUUGCAGAGAAGAAGCCAGGCUGGUUGACACUGAUUCCAGUCUCAAAUGAGCUGGAGCAGAGGAACUCAUGGAGUCUGCCAUACUUUUGACUUACAGAGAACUGAGAGCAUAACUUUGUGUUGUCCUAAGAUGGUAAAGUUGUGGAAUUUCUGUUAAUGGUGGCAAAUAUAGAACAGCUGCGAUUCCAGGAAAAUGAUAAUGAACACACCCACUCUAAGCAGAGCAGAAUCUGCGCGCACGUGCGCGCGCGUGUGUGUGUGUGUGUGUGUGUGUGUGUGUGUGUAAGUACCCACUAUAAAUGCCAGCUGAGAUCCCUACCCCAAAUUCCCAGAACUGUCACCCUCCCUACACAUCAGCAGAUCUGGGAAAUGGGAUUCCCUUUGUAGUCACUACUUCAAUAUCAUUUCAUCUUUUGAGUGCAUCCAAGGACAAUGAGAAGAUAUUUGUUCAACAGAUAAUAUGAUGCCAUCUGCACAUGUAAUUUAAAAUGUUCUAGUAGUCAGUGAAAUGUCCAAAGAGCCAGGUGAAAUGAAUAUCCUCUUACUAUCAUUUCAACAAGUAGCUGAUGUAAGGACUGCUGAUGAGAGUUUAUAUUCUUUUUUCCAUGCUGAGUCUUGGCAGUCCAGCGGUUGAGUUUACAUGCCUUUGCAGUCAUUUUAGGCUGAAGAUGGGCCGUGCCAGGCACUCAGCAGACCAUGGGCCACCUUGUUGGACAGGGCUGGUUGAGAACGUUGCAGGGCUGGCAGCUGUGUUUGUGAGUGAGUGGGGUGGUUUUCCUUAACUCUGCUGUAGAUUUGCAGGCAGGUAUUUGAACUGGAAAAUAAUUUUAUACCUUUUAGGUGCAAAUUGAGAAUCUGGCUUCUGAAAUCUGAGCUUCAGACAAACAAAUUCGGUUUUAUUGUUUAACAGCCUCACAUCUUCUUGCCCCAGUAUUGCUAAGGAUUUCAAAGCUGAUCUUAAAGAUCGCAGCCUUCAGCAUCAGGCAUUUUGAUGUCAUUCUGGUUCAUUCUGUCAUCUAAAAUUAUCACAUGGUAUGAAUUGAUACUAAAGAAAUGACUUUGAGAGCAAGUUUUAAAAAUACUGUAUCUAUAAUUUACAAGUACUUUGUAUAUAUUGAAGGAGCAAUAAAAAUAGCUAAAAAUAAAAGUGGUUAAAGUAAUGCUAUUAUCGAUACAGAUUUUCAUUGAAAAAUGUUAAAAACGAACUAUGCAUUGAAAAUUUCAAUAUCAACAAUUUUAGGGACAUGACUUCAUGUCCUAUUUAAUAUUUGGGGAAGAUGACUGUAGCAAAUGAUCAUGUACUGUUUCACAUGAAGUUCCUCCUUUAGAUUAAAAAUUAUUCUAUCAGCAUUGAUUAAAUGUCCAAAUAUUCCUAUGUAAUA